GGGGCUUGUCGCGGUCGAAUGUGAGCCGCCGGAGGUUUGUUCGUUGCGUCGCGUUUACCGUCGGCCGUGCGUCAGUUCUACCCGGGUGCGCGUGUGAGCGGUUCCGGAAUCCGGCGAAGGAGGACCAGGGAGGACCACUCCUAAAGAUUUUGUGGAUUUUGAAAUUGGAUUUGGACGGGAGCGGAAAUCGCACAGGUUCGUUGGUGCUACUACUGAGAGAACGUGCUGAAUAUUCAUGUCCGCCGUAAUAACUGACCAGGAAUAAAUAAUUGGUGGAAAACAACCCUGAAAACCGGGUUUACGCGGGGAAAAUAAUUGUGCAAACAAGUGAUUUUUAAUUGAAGAGGUCAUAUUUUGCGGGCAUUGAAUCAAGUGAAAGAAGAAGUGAGAACAAGUGCUCAAAUUUGGCCCGGAAAAGGAUUACGGGGAAAAUCUUUAAACCCCACGUGGAAGAAGGAAAAAAAAAUAAACGGUGGCAGUGCACAUCAAUCAUCAUCAUCAUCAACAGCAGUGUUGACGUCGUCGUAGUCGUCGUCGUCAUCGUCGUCAUCGUCGUCGUUUGUGGGAAGUUUAGCGCCAGUGAGACGCCACGUUGAGAUGAUGGUCUGAACGAGGAAGAUGAGGCAAAAAAGUCGACCUUCCGGUCGGUGCGACAACUCGUCGUCGGGAGCACAUCAGUCGCGGCUGAGUAGUAUUGCUGCUGGAAGUGAGGCAGAGAUGUUGGAGAAGGCAGUUCCGGGCAACGAUAGGCUUUAAGGGGUGUUGCUCGUCAGUGGCAACAGAUAUUGAUUCAGUGGUCGAUAAACCAACCAAAGAAAGUAUCAAUCAAACGCCCGUACAAAAGUGUGUUGUAGAAGUCAACGAAGAAGGAAGCAAAGUAUUACCACGCCACACCAUGCUCAAGUAUUAAUGUGCAACAAAAUAGAAUUUCCCGCGCGAAAAGUUGCCCAAAAUUGAAUACCCCAUUCACCGUACCCGUGUUUGUGUGCAUGUGUAUGUGUGCGCUCCCGUUGUGAGCGAGUUGCGCUGGAAAAGUGCCGGAAAAUUUAUACUAUUCAUUGCGCCGGUACCAAAAUGGAAAUGGCACCACGGAGUGACAGCUCCACCGGCAGUGUUGCCAUCGAUCCUUUCACGCGAGGAUCGCGACAUCGUCGCCGUCGGCCGCUCCCCCAGGAAAUUCGUCACUGUCAACGGGCGGCGUCGCCGUCAUCGUCGUUAAAAGCCAAUCCAUCUCCGGCGAGGGUGGCUGUGGCGAGCAGUGUUGCCAGCGCGGAAGAUAUUGCCGCGUUCCAGGCGGUUGACGAUGGUUUGGUCGGGAAGAUGUAUCGAUUCCGGGAGCGACGAUUAGAGCUGCAGCAGCAGCAUCACAAGUGCAAAUCGUCCCGAAGAACGGUUGAGGACAGGGGCAGUGUUGCCAGCAGUGGAGGGGGAAAAGUUGUGUCGUUAAACGGUGGCAAUUGCGAAGGAAGCGCCAGUUCAGUGGGCGAAGAAGCAACACUGGGAAGGAGAAACAGAAGAAGUGGCCACUUUUGGGUCGCCAGUGCUGCUGGCAGAACGAACGUCCUGCUGGCCGUGGUGCUGUUCCUGUUGGCCGGAUUUUGCACCCAAAGUGGCUGCGAUGAUACCGAGCAGUUCCAGAAGAACAGAAAGUUCACACCUACCACCGCGACAGUCGACACCAUUCCCGCCCGCAUUGUGUGGGCCGCCGUGGACCACGACGCCGAGCUGCCAUGCGACAUCACGGCGCCGGGCCCCCAGGACGGCGUCAAGCUAGUGCUGUGGUUCAAGGACUCCACCGGAAUUCCGCUGUACUCGCUCGACUCGCGGUCCGGCGUGGCCAUCUCGGCCGCCCAGCACUCGACCAUCGCGUCCGACCUGGGCCAGCGGCUGUUCUUCUCGCUCGGCACGACCCCCAAGGAGGCCCGACUGCAGAUUAGGAACAUCAAACCGUCGGACGGGGGCGUGUACCGGUGUCGGGUGGAUUACUUCAACUCGCCCACGCGAAACUACCGCGUCAACCUGACGCUGGUCGUGCCUCCGGAAGAGCCGCGGAUAUUUGACGCCCAGGGAAAGGAGAUCUCGUCGGUGGCCGGACCGUUCCGGGAAGGUCACGAGCUAUUUCUGUCCUGCCAGGUUUCCGGAGGUCGACCAGCGCCACGGGUCACGUGGUGGCACGACGGCGUCGAAAUCUCCGGCACCAGCCAUCCGUCCGCCGUGGAGGGCGCCGCGGCCAUGGUCAACCAGCUGUUCAUGGGGACCGUCUCGCGGGACCUGUACGGGGCCAAGUUUGUGUGCCGGGCGGCCGGCUCGAAGCUGGUGCCGCCCGUCAGCAAGGAGGUCGCCAUCCAGGUGCACUUAAAACCGCUGCGGGCCAAGAUUGUCACGCCGAACGAGCUGCUGACUGCGGGCCGUCCCAUCCCGAUAAGGUGCGAGUCGUGGGGCUCUUUUCCGGCGGCCAAGAUCGUUUGGCUGCUGGACGGGGAGCCGCUGCGGAGUGCCGACAUCACUGUACACAGCGACAACAAUGAUGCAAAUCUUACGUCCAGCAUACUGACCCUUCGGGUCACGGCCGAGAAUGACGGUGCCGAGCUGUCGUGUCGGGCCACGAACCCGUGGUUCUCCGGUGGGGCCGUUGAGGAUAAGCGGAUCAUCAGUGUGGCCUACGAACCGGUCGUGUCGGUGCAUCUGGCCAACGAGGACCCCAGCCGAGUCAUCACCCGGGCCGAGGGCGAAAAUGUGACGCUCAAGUGCCGGGCCGACGCCAGGCCGCCGGUGACGUCCUUUGCCUGGUACAAGAAUAACAUGCGGAUGUCGGGCGAGAGCGGCGAAACGCUGCACCUGUUCCAGCUGGAGCGGGAAAGUGCGGGCUCGUACGCGUGUGCCGCGUCCAACACCGAGGGCGAAACGCGCAGCUCGUCCAUCACGCUCAAAGUUCAGUAUGCACCCCGGUGCAAGCCCGGCACGGAGCAGACUUCGGUCGGGUCGCUCAACAUGCACUCGAUGCACGUCCGCUGCGAGGUCGAGGCGGACCCACCGGACGGUGUACGGUUCAGCUGGACGUACAACAACACCCGGAACGUGUCGCCGGUGCUGAACUCCCGCGUUAGCUCACACGGGCUGGUCAGCACCAUGACAUACCUGCCCCAGUCCGACGCCGAGCUGGUCACGCUGGCCUGCUGGGCCAUCAACGCCGUCGGCCGGCAGACGCAGCCCUGCCUGAUUCACAUCCUGCCGGCGAAAAUUCCCGACCCACCGCGUAAUUGCGAGCUCCGCAACGACACCGUCCUCGAGGUGGUCUGCCAGCCCGGCAGCGACGGUGGCCUCGUCCAGAGCUUCCUGCUGGAGGUGGUGGGCGGUGCGCCGCCCCCGCUGCUGUACGGAGCGGCCUCCUCCCUGGACUACACGCGCAGCCCACCGACCGAGAUGCUCGACAACGAGAUUUCCACCAUGAACGACCAGGCCACCCUGGCGCCCCUGUUCCGGAUCCAGGAGCUGCUGCCACAGUUCAAACUGCACAGCCUCGAGCCCGGCCGGGACUACCAGCUGCUGGUGUACGCGGUCAACGGGAAGGGCCGCAGCGAUCCGCCGUUCGUGAUCGACAAAGUGCGCGUGGGGGCGGCGCUGGUGCCUCCGUACGUGGAGGAGAACAUCAUCUCGGAGGACCCGACGCCGGCGGAGACCUCGAAUGCGGACAAGCAGAAGCAGCAGUCCCAGAUGGUGAUGUUCGCGGCGGUAGCGGCCGCGGCCGGCGUCGUCAUCACCUCGGUCAUCGUGGCCGGCUUUGUCGCCAUCUGCCGGCUGAAGCGCCCCAAGCCACCGGAACCGCAGGAGGUGCGCAAACGGAUGCGGCCCGCCCGGACCGACGUGCCGUCGAUGUACGCCGAGGACGACGUGUUCGAGGACGAGUACCAGCGGGGCGGCCAGCCCCAAGGCCAGCAGUCCGGCACCGAUCCCCGGUGCAGCCGGGCCUCGUCCACGCUCCGGAGCAGCCGGUACAUCUCCGAGGGCUUUGUACAGUAUUCGCAGCCUAGUCUAAACGUCUAUAUUGCAGAUCCGGACCUGAUUCUUCCACGUGGCACCGACGUCGAGUUUACGACACUUUCCGGCGCCUAACAGAGGGCCAGCGGCACGGUCGAGCAGAAAAAGGAGCAGCUCGAGGAGGAAACUUUGUGUAAAUAGUAAGGUAACGAAAAAGUGUCUCCGAGCGUUGAUUUUAAGAGGUGCGAAAGAGAGAGAGAGAGAGAGAUUGUGCGAGAACGUGAAUUCGAAUAAAAUUAAUGAAAAAAUUUAACUGAAGGUAAGGAACUAAAAGUAGGGGAAGAAUAGAAUCUCUUUAAAUAAAAAUGCAAACCAUAAAUUCAAACCAAAACAAAGCCAUAGCUAACCGUAACUACUGAAUGGAACUCGAUGGAAAAAAAAACUUUGUUGGAACUUUCCACACGUGAAGAAUUUUUAAUAAUACGAACCGGAGGAAUUGUUUUAAAAACAGAUGUAUAGGAACUGUGAGCCGGGAGAUUGCGAAUCAAACCAGAAGAUAAAGUUCACUUCCACUAAACAGAACAAACAAAACUAUUUAUAUUUGAGUAGAUUUAUUUUCUAGUCUAGCCAAUAUUUUAAAACAUAAAAAAAUUCAGAUGGUUUAUCGAGAAGCACGUUACUGUAUAAAUAUUUGUUAAGGGUUCGGAAGGCGGAGCGCGAUUGGUGUGAAGCAAAAAAAAAGUUUGAACCGAAAUCAAAACAGUUGUAAAAUGAGGAAAAUAACGUUAAGAAAACAAAACUCCCAGCUAAGCCAGGCAAAAGAUACAAACAAAACAACCUUAGGUAAAAAAUGAAACAAACUUAGUUUAGUCGCUGAUAUUUUUUAUAAUAAAAUGAAAGUGGAGAAAAAAUGCUCACCCCCCAUACAAAUACAUCCAUAAACACACCGACCGAUUUGUGGAAACGAUGUCAAACGCAAACAAACAAACAAAAAACAAGCGGUGUAGUAAUCAACAAUCAAAAAUUUCGUUUAAUGAAAUAAAAAUGCCAUGAUUUUUCGAACAAAA